CCUUUUCGCGCGGGAAAAGAAAGUUCACAGCUGCGAGAAGUCUAUAGACCUUGGUCCCUUGGGCCGGGCGGCGGCGGGGGCGGUGAUGGGGCUCCUGGAACGCUGCAAGGAAGAGUUUGGCACCGCUGACCUGUACGAGGUGCUGGGCGUGCGGCGGGAGGCAUCGGACGGCGAGAUCCGGCGCGGCUACCACAGGGUGUCCCUGAAGGUGCACCCGGACCGCGUGGGUCAGGCUGGCCAGGAGGUGGCUACUCGGCAGUUCCAGAUCCUUGGGAAGGUCUAUUCAGUCCUGAGCGACCGGGAGAGACGGACAGUGUACGAUGAGCAAGGGACUGUGGACGAGGAGGCGGACGGGCUCAGCCAGGAUCGGGACUGGCUGGCCUACUGGAGGCUGCUCUUCAAAAAGAUAACGUUAGAGGACAUUAAGAACUUCGAAGAGAAGUACAUUGGUUCUGAGGAAGAGCUGACUGAUAUUAAACAAGCCUAUAUGGACUUCGAGGGCGAUAUGGACCAAAUCAUGGAGUCUGUAUUAUGUGCAGAAUACACUGCUGAACCCAGAAUACGGAGCAUCAUACAACAGGCCAUUGAUUCUGGAGAAGUUCCAUCUUAUAAAGCUUUUCUCAAAGAGUCAAAACAAAAAAUAAAUGCAAGAAAAAGGAGGGCUCAAGAAGAGGCCAGAGAGGCAGAAAAGGCCAGAAAGGAGCUGGGCCUGGGGGAGGGAUCAGGUGACCUAAAAGCACUCAUACAGAGCAGACAAAAGGAUCGGGAAAAAGAAAUGGACAGUUUUCUGGCCCAGAUGGAAGCAAAGUAUUGCAGCUCUUCCAAAAAAGGGAAAAAAACAACUGACAAGAAAGGAAAGAAAUAAUGAAGUGGAUAGUUUUGUUUCUUCAGUGGGCCUUCUGUUUAAUUGGCUUUUACCUACCUAUCUAGAUAAAAUUGGUAAAACCUUUAUUACUGAGAAAAAUAGUCCCUUCUGACCUGGACUAUCCAGAUCAGUGACUGUCUCAUAAGUAAAUCAUUCAGCAGUUCUCCAGCCCACUUUCAUGUUAUAGGUACACUCUUAAAGUGUUUGCUGGCACUUACCUAUCGUUUCUAUGAAAUUUCCCUACUGGAAGAAUUUUCUUUUCAGAGAAUGUUUUCAUGUGUCUUACACAAAAGGAACUCUAGGUAAAUUAUGUCAAGAAAAGAUCGAAACUUUAGCAGAAUUCACUUGACAGGUAAUAAUGCUCUUAACCACCAAACUACUUACUGGUGGGGAACCUGAAAUUCUUAAAGAACUAGCGAACCGCUUUGUUCUCAAUGUUUCCUGGCCAGGUUUGUUUUCAUUUGUUAAUAGUGAACAAGAUUUGUUUUAUAUUUUGCACUAUUUGGUGUUGGCAAGUAUUUAAUGAAUUUUUGUAAAACAAAAUAAUAAACUAAUAAAAUA